GAAUUAAAUAGGGUAAGUGCUUUCAAAAGUAUUAUAGAGGCUAUGAAUUUAAGCAUUACUUCCAAGGAAAUUAAUUUUUUAAUAUAUAGAUACUUGCAAGAAGCAGGUUUUGUACAUUCGGCUUUUGUCUUUGGAAGUGAGAGUUUAACUACUAACUUUGAUUUUAGCACUGACGAAGUCUCACCAGGGGCUUUAAUAACUCUUCUUCAGAAAGGUUUGCAGUAUCUUGAAGCCGAAACUCAUAUAAACGAGGAAGGGCGUGAGAUCAAGUGCUCUGGGCCAUUUUCCAUUGUUAAAAAGCACGUGUGCAACUAUGCCACUGCACAUAAAGAGCACAUAAUUCUUGGAAGGGAAGAUGGCGAAAGUGAAUUUGCUCUUGCGAGUUAUGCUCCUCCUGAGGGCUUACGAGUCAAGGACGUGAUUUACGAAAGAAAUAAAGAAGAUCUAAAAAUAGCUCAUGGGGAUGGAAAAGAAUCUGAUGUUUCUACUUAUGAUAAAGAAAUACUCGGAAGGCGUUAUGGAACUCCAGUAAAUAAUUCACAAAAAAUAGAACAAAUAGCGGAUGAAAUGGAUCAAGUGGAAUCUUGUAUUUCUAAAACCACCGAAACUAUAAUAGCAAACAAGCACGUGACAUCACUUCAAGGCCACGUGGGCAUGACAUCAUUAUGCUCGUGGAACCCAUGUGAAAACAUUUUGGCAACGGGAGGAUCUGAUUCGAUAGUGAGCUUGUGGAAUAUCGCUACAGGCGGGCGCCAGCUCUUAGAACACACCAUGAACUCUUCAAAAAAAUAUAUCACUGCAUUGGAUUGGAGCGCAGACGGCAACCUGCUCGCUUCAGCUUCAUAUGACGGCUCUCUGAAGCUGUGGAGUCGUGCUGGCGUUCUUCAUGUGGAAGUGACAGGGUGUACGGGACCCCCCAUCUGCGCUGCAAAGUUUAAUAAGAAAACAGAUGCCUUGUUAACAGCCUCCUUUGCUGGUGCCGUGCACGUCUGGGCUGUUCCCUCUGGUCACCUAAGGCACUCUUAUGAAGCCCUUCAUAGUGGUCAGUCCCUUGAUGUGGACUGGAGAAAUAAUACGUCAUUUGCUAGUUGCGGUUCUGAUGGGCUUAUUCACGUUUGCAAACUGGGCGAUAUUAUCCCCUUCCAUACUUUUACUGGCCACAAAAGCAGUGUUAAUUGCAUCCGAUGGGACCCCACUGCCACCCUUCUGUGCUCAUGCUCGGACGACCAGUCCGUUAAAGUUUGGAAUCUGCGCCAACAAAAUUGCGUUGUUUCUUUAGAGGGACACUCACUCAGCGUAGAUACAAUUGACUGGAAUAGCAUGCAAAAUGUUUCAUUAGUAGCCUCCGCAUCGAUGGACACCACUGCGCGUGUAUGGGACGUUGAAAUCAGCCGUUGUUUACACGUGUUAACCGCUCACAAGGGCCCCGUGCAAUCAGUUGCAUUUUCGAGAAAAGGUGACUACUUAGCCUCAGUCUCCUUGGACAAGUGCCUGCAUAUAUGGGACGUCAAAAGCGGGAGUAUUGCUAAGUCUUUUCGGGCUCCUUCGGAAUUGUUGGAGUGUGAAUGGAGGAGGGAUGACGUGCAACUCGCAGUAACUUCGGCAGACGGGGCGGUGUUUCUUGUGGAUUGUCGAGCUUAA